UAUUUUGCCCAGCUGGUGUCUGUGAAGCUUGUUGUAGCAACAGCAGUCGUCAGGGGAGGGGACUGGAGAGAGGGGCAUGUAGCUGUGGAUAGGGGAAACAAUAGAACAACAAUCUACAAUCCUUCAAACACAGACACACAGACUGGACAGGAAGACUGGCAGAAAUCCACAGCAGGCACUAGAAACCAAAAACACCAACAGACUCAAACCGGUAAUCAAGGUCUCCUAGUGACUGACUGAUGGAUUCUACUGUCGCACCCGAGACCGAAAGUAAAGCUGCACGGGCCAGGGAGAUGGACUGUCUGUGGAAUCUAUCCCCGGACUUAGGACUGUCGCCGGUUUCUGACCUCUCGAUCAACAUGGGAAACCUAUCCUUUGAAGAAAGCACCACCCCCAGGAGAAAACUGCAGCUGUCCCCGGAGCUCCUGCCUCCAAGCCCCACUCCAGCAAGCAACGUUUCCCCGGAGACGCAGACGCUGACAGGCUGCAUUGUUCCACAAGAACCCAGCGAGAAGAGAAACGGGGGGAGGCGUAUAAGUCCUAAGAACUCUAUGCCUAAACCGAGAAAGCAGUCUGGAAGAGAUCAACUGAAGAAAGAGAAUGGAUCCCGAGCAGACAAAGAAAACAAACGAUGUCGAGUUAAACUGUCCAGCAUGUUUACCAGCCCGACUGCACCCAAAAGCAAAUGGGAAUCUGGAGGUAGAAAGAGCAAGAGCCCAGAGAGUGAGGAGCGCUGUAAUCUGAGCAGGAAAGCAGCAUCGCGGGAGAGCGAUCCAGAGAUACACAGAGUGCCCCCUUUCCGAAUGGUACAGUCCAGACAGCAGGCUCCCCCAGUGGAGAUGCCAGACCCGGCGGCCGAAGACAGAAACCUGAUUGGAGAUUUCAGCAGGCCUCACGUCCUCUGUGCGGAAAAGGGAGAUCAUCAGGACCUGCACUACGUCUCACCACAGACCGUGGCAUCAGUACUGAGAGGCGAGUACAACGGUGCUGUAGAGAGGUACCUCAUUAUCGACUGCCGCUAUCCCUAUGAGUACGAAGGAGGCCACAUCAGGGGAUCUUUGAAUCUACAUAGUGAGUCUCAGCUCCUUGCUGCCUUGCUUCAGGAGCCAGCCUUGUCUAGGUCCUCACCACGAGCCAAGCUGCUGGAGAGUCCAUCUACACAAGUCAUGCUACAGGACAGCCCCACUAUGAAACCCAUUCUGACAGACAGCCCCUCUGCAACUGCACCUGAGCAGGAGAGUCCUUCCACGAGAACUGCAUUACAGGAGAGUCCCUCCACCCCAGCCACACCAAAGGAAAGUGCUCUUGGGAGAAUCACUGUACAAGAUAGCUCCAGUCCAAGAACCCUGCUCAUCUUCCACUGCGAGUUCUCUUCAGAAAGGGGACCUCGGCUAUGUCGGUUUCUACGGAAGAUCGACCGAAACCUGAAUGUUUAUCCUCAACUUUUUUACCCGGAGAUGUAUAUACUGAAGGGAGGUUACAAGGAAUUCUACUCCCAGUUUCAGAGCCUCUGUGAGCCCUGUGGCUAUGUGCUGAUGGUUCACGAGGACUUCACUGAUCAGUUGCGAAGAUAUCGGAGGAAGAAGCGUUCUCGGCCAUCUCUGUUUGGGAGGAGGAAGCAGCUGCUUGAACCGGGAAUGGAGGCGUGAACUGAGACUAAUGGGAAAAUGAAGAUAAAUGGCAUUGGGCAGAAUGGAGUGAACUUGUAUGAACUGGGAACUGGAGUGAAUUUGAAUUUAGAGAGUUGAAUUGGAAUGGGGAAUCAGUAAAUGAGGACAGUGCAACUAGGAUGAGGUCAAUGUGUAAUAAGAUUUUUAAAUGAAAAUAUUUUACUUGAAUAUUAUAAAAGGAAUAUUUAAAGUAUUAUUAAAUUAUCUGUAUGUAUUAUAUUAUUUAUAAUAUUAUUUAUUUGUAUUUAUAAAAGAUUAAGAACAGAGUGAUGCCUUGAGUAUAGCUCAUGAGGAAAAAUAAAAUAAUGAUGUAAUUUGAAAUGCUGCCUGUUAUUUGUGGCCGAUUGUUUUCUGUUUAUUAUACUUAUUUAUACACACCUUGAUUAUCACUUCAAUAGUAAUAGUCAGACACAGAUUUACUGUUCCAGUGCAAUAACAUUUUCCAAAAUUAAUAAGAUUCCACUUACAAAAAGGUGGCGGAAACUUUGCGCUUCAGCCACAGCUUAUCAGACCAAACCCAUUAACUUUAUAAUGCUAUUGUUUUGGAGUUAAUCUGAUAUCAAGGUGGUUAAAGUGUAAACUUAAUGUCCAUGUGUAAGGCUAAGCUCACACUGGGAACC